ACUGGAAUCGAUGAUCGAACGCGAAUUCGUGCAGGCCGGUCAUCCGUUCGCCUCUCGAUGCAGUCACUCAGUGUACGGUCGCAGUAGCCAUUCAUCACGUGAUCGAGCUGAAAGCCCGACAUUUCUUCUCUUCCUUGAUUGCCUCUGGCAGGUAAUGCAACAGUAUCAAAACUCGUUCGAGUUCGUCCCCGCGCUGCUGACGUUUCUGUUUGACCACGCGUACGCAUCGGAGUUCGGUACAUUCCUCUACAACUGUGAAAAGGAGAAGAAAGAAAACAAUGUCAAACAGAAGACCGUAUCCAUUUGGAGCUACCUGAAUCAUCCAGACAUAUUAUACCGCUACAUCAACCCAUACUAUCAGCCAAACAAUGAAGUGUUAUGGCCUUCUGUAGCCCCACAGAGCAUUUUGCUCUGGGAACGGUUGUACUGUCGAUGGUUAGUCGACUGGUCGAAGAUCGAGAAAGCUGAAGCAAAAGCUGCCGAGCUGAAGAGCGAAGAGAACCGCCUGAUCAACCGAAUCUCUAAGAUCAGGAGGUAAAA